GUCUCCCCUGGCAGCGGCGUCUCGGCGGCCUCGGCGCCUUCCGCGGGGCCGGGCCGGGCUGCCCGCUCCUCCCGGGGCGGCGGCGGCGGCGCCUCCUCCUCCUGGGGGGCAGCCCGGGGCUCCCACCAGCGAUGUCGGAGGCGGACGGAAGCGAUGGUCUCCCCUCCUCGCCCAGCUCGGGGCGGGAGCGCGGCCGCCCCUCGCUGCCCUCCACCUCGCGCCACGAGCAGCAGCAGCGGCUGCUGAACCUCCUGGCCGGGGAGGAGGAGGAGGAGGAGGAGGAGGAGGAGGAACAACCGGAGGCGGCGGCGGCGGGAGAGAAGCCCCGGCGGCCGGAGGCCAACGAGGAAGCCGGCGAUGAGCGUAGCAGGAGAGUGAUCCGGAACCGCUACCGGGAGCUCAUCUACGACGUGCAGCAAAAUCGUGAGGAUAUGCUGAGUUCAAAAAGCAACAGGCUGACAGAAGCUUUGGAAGAAGCCAAUAAACUGUUCAGUGGAGUUUCCCGUGCACGAGAGGCAGCACUGGAUGCCCAGUUUCUGGUUUUAGCAUCAAAUCUAGGAAAGGAGAAGGCCAACGAGUUGCGCUCUGAGAUGACAGCAUUUGAUUCAGUAACAUUUGCAGAAGACUUGCUAACCUUCAUGGGCUUAAAUCGUGUAGAAGUAGAAGAAAAUGAUAGUGAUGCUGAGAGCAAUUCAGGUGGCUACUUACCUAGUAAUGCCUGGCAUAAACUGGGAGAAGAGGCAGAACAGUACUUCAGAAGAGCACCUUCUUUUCACUAUAUGUUGGGAUCUUUCAAGUCUGAUCCUCCUGUACCAAGGCAACGGAUCGAGAGGCAGAAAAAAUCUGCAGGAGGAGAAGGAAAACGGGCAAUGCCUGCUCAGUUAAAAAAAAUGGAGGAGUCUCAUCAGGAAGCUACAGAAAAAGAAGUAGAGAGGAUCUUGGGAUUAUUGCAAACUCAUUUUAAAAAUGAUCCGGAUACACCCAUUUCCUUCUUUGAUCUUGUGAUCGAUCCCAACUCUUUUGCACGCACAGUGGAAAACAUCUUUCACGUGUCCUUCAUUAUAAGGGAUGGUUUUGCAAGAAUAAAGCUGGAUGAAGAUAAAUUGGCAAUAAUAGAGCCUUCCAAAGACAACGAGAGGAAGGCAGAUCACCGCAGUGCUGGAGCACGGAACCAGGUUGUCAUAGCUCUGAGCCAUCAGGAAUGGAAGGAGAUCGUGGAAACAUAUGAAAUAACAGAACCCAUGAUUAGCCCUCCUAAUGACAGGAAGGAAGAUGAAAUGGAGAUACCUUAAUUAUUCAAGUGCCUUAAAGAAAAUAUUUUAAAAUGUGUUCUUUAGAAGAGAUUUUAUAUGUAUAUAUUGUAAAAUUAAAUUUAUUUUUCUUGGAA